CUGCGUCCUAGAAAUACACGCCCCUCGUGGGAAAUACACGCCCCUCGUGGGAAAUACACGCCCCUCGUGGGAAAUACACGCCCCUCGUGUGAAAUACACGCCUAUACAGAGUAGGGUCGGGGGCGUAGUCGGCCCUGAUUGGUCUGAUUCACGACGGCGUCUCUUCUCUUGUCGAACCUGCUCCGGAGAUGUAACGAACUGGUCGACAGCAGACAGCAGAAAGAUGAUUGCCUCGAUUGAUUUGAUCCAUCCAACUGUCCAACAUGGAUCUCUGAUGCAGCCAGUGCGGUUGGGACCCGAUUCUUACGGGUGCCAAGUUUGUAAAAAAAUGUGCGAUUACCCAGCCAUGGUUGCACAUCUUCAAACACAUGACAAAGCAGCCAUAUCUCACAAUGGUAAUUGAAAGUUUAAUGCAUGUCACUAAUGUUUUAUAUUCUCUAUGUUCUUUAUGCUUUUAUCAAACUCAUAACAUAUCAAUUAGCUUGUGAUGUAGUGAACAAGGUAUACUAACAGUUAAUAUUUUCUAAUUUACUUUUCUGUUCCUUUUUGGAAGGCUACAAAAUCUAUAGGUGCCAACACAACUGUGCCAACACUAGAUCUCCACACUACCACUGUGUGUGCGCAACCAUUACUGGGAAAAAAGCGUCAUGCAUAAAGCACCUGCAGACCUGCCCUGGCAUGAGGACACAAUUGCUGAAGGACACAAUUGAGGCAGCAGCAUGGUGCCAGUUGCAGACCUUCACCGACCACGUUUCUCUCCCGAUGGUCAUUGGGGUGGAAGGUGCAGAGCAGCAGGCAUUAUUAGCAGAGCUGAAAUCCGUUGACCGCAGUUGCUCGGAAGAAAGCCCAAACAGGAUUGAACCGUUCCAGUUCUUCUUCAAUUCAAAGAAGGACUACGAAAUGUUCUGUGUGGAGAUGUUUGACCGGAGAAAGCUGAAAGUGUUUGCUUCUUGGGAGUAGCGACAUUUUACCCAUUGUUUUAAUUGAACUGGGGGACCGGGGGCCGAUUCUUUAUGUUAUCAUUUAUAUAACCAGUUCUAAAACCAUUUUCAUUUGUCUUUAUAAAUAAAAUGAUGUCACGGUAUUAUCAGUUGUUUCUUACCAACUUGAUAGUCUACACCACAUUCUGUGCACAUUUCACUGCCAGCCACUCUGACAUGGUUAGAGUGGAACAGCUUCGUAACAGAAGAGUUAACGAUGACGUUGGAAAAUUACUCCCCGAUCUCAGUAGGAAAUCACAAUCCUACGUUAUUCCCUGAUCUCAGUAGGAAAUCACAAUCCUACGUAUUACGUCAUCACGCUGAGAGGAAAUCACAAUCCUACGUAUUACGUCAUCACGCUGAGAUUGGUCAGUCGAGGGGCGUGUAUUUCCCACGAGGGGCGUGUAUUUCUACACGGGGCGUGUCUUGCCAGGACGCAGGACGCAGUCGGACCCUAUUGACCGUGGCUGAAAGGUGCUCAGGACCACACCCCCAUCCUCCUCCUUGACCCGCCUCUCUCCUCCUCAUUUGCAUUAAAGCUACAGACACCAAAACGGCGCAUUUGGAGAAAGCUCAAUGUGCGACUGGCUCGUAGUGACUGUAAAUCUGCACCACGGCUGAAUUUCGGGAACGACUUCAAAUAUUGUGUUUGGGGCCUACUAAUAUUAUGUUAAAGCAUCCAUAAAGUAGCAUGCCAUGGGACCUUGAACGUUUAGACAUUAGUUCUUUUUCACUUUUUUAGUUUACAGUGAACAAGGGCUUGUUGGACUUGGGGGUAAGGUCAAGUUAUCGCGGUAACUCAAAUUAUCAAAGUAAAACAAAUUUUCUUCUAACCUUACAGCUUCCUGGAAAAUUUUUUAGUGGACUAGUGUCCACUAAAAAAUGUGCAAGACUAUAAGUUCAACGUGUCUGAUGAUCAUCAUGCCGCUGGUCUGUGCCACUGCUUAACAGGAGUGUUGUUUAUUUACUAGGUCGUUUGUGUCACUCUCACCGGUCAUCCUGUCUCGUCCAACAUAUCAAACCUCGCCGGCACGCAGUGUCCCCUACCCCCAUGUGUUUACUUGUAACUGCUUGUGAAGGGGACAAUGCACUGAGCCUCCACUGGAGAAUGAUGAGAGUGUAUAUAAAGAAGGGACAUGAGGCAGGCUAGGGCCAGUCCUGAUCUUCACCAUGCGGGGCUGGAUCUUAUGUUGUCUUGUGGCUUUGGCCGCAAGUCAGAGUCUUCGUUAUGAUCUGAGCUUGGAACCGAAGAAAACAUACGAGUACAAAUAUGUAGGCCUGGUGAAUUUUGGACGAGGGUUGCCGCACCUUGCCGAGUCCGGGGUAAGACUGACGUGCAAGGUGAAGAUCUUCAGUGCAUCUGCACAAACGUUCAUGCUCCAGGUUUCCGAUGUGGCCUUCGAGGAGUUCAACGGCGUCCCCGGUAAGAGCGCCUUCGUCGGGGCCCUCAAGCUGGCCGCGCGCAUCUCGGCUCAGCUGGCCAAGCCCUUCAUGUUUGAGUACGCCGGGGGCCACGUGGGGAACAUUCAGGCCCCGGCGGGCACCUCUGACACCAUGGUCAACAUCGUGAGAGGAAUACUGGGCUUCUUCCAGCUCACCGUGAAGACCACCCAGAACCUGUACACCGUUGAGGAGCUGGGGCUCCACGGGCUGUGUCAGAGCCACUACGCAGUGGAGGAGAACGCCGCCAAGGAGAUGAUCAUCACACAGGUCGUUGACAUCACUGUCUGCAAGGAGAAAGCUGUACUCUACCGCGGAAUGGCCACCGCUGUCCCAGACGAAGUGGCGAAAGAGAAAGGUGAAUCCAUCAUGGCGACGGUGAAGUACGUCCACACUGUCAAACCGACCGCGGCCGGGGGGGUGAUCACCAAGGCAACAGCCCUAGAGCACCAGCAUUUCACCCCCUUCAACGUAAAGGGCGGCAGUUUCAAAAUGCUGGCGACGAAGGAGCUGGUCUUCAUCAGUGUGACGAACACGACUGCGGCCCUCACCUCAGGCGCCAUGGAGCCCAAGGGAAACAUUGUGUACAAGUUUGUGAACGACCAAGCGAACCUCCCCAUUAUGAUGCAGAACCUGGACAACCCCAUACCCAGGAUUGUGGAGCUGGUCAAGCGUUUGGCUGCGAAUAACAUCUACCAGGUGGACAGCGAAUCUACUGAAGACGUGAUGAGGGCCUAUCAGCUCCUCAGGGUCGUCCCCUUCGAGGGACUGGACACCAUGUGGAAGCAGUUUGCAGGAAAUGCUGAACAUAGACGCUGGUUCUUGAACCUGGUGGUGGAGGUCAAUGACGCACGCGUCCUGCGGUUUCUGGAGGUGCGCUUCAAGGCCGGAGACCUGGGCUCCAUAGAGGCCUGGCAGACCCUGGUGCUGGCCUUCAACCACCUACAGGUCCAGCCCGAGCUGAUCGAGAUGGCCAAGGGGUUCCUGACCAUUCCAUUCAGUAAGUCGGACCAGUUUGUGUGGCACACCGUGGUGCUUUCGUAUGGAUCCCUGGUGUACAAACACUGCGCCUACUACACACCGUGCCCCGUCACUGCUGUGCAGCCUCUGUUGGACAUGGCCCUUGACGGCCUGGCGAGGGCCAGCGAGGCGGACAUGGUGCUGGCCCUGAAGGCCCUGGGCAACGCCGGCCACCCCGCCAGCAUCAAGACCAUCCUGCGCUUCCUGCCCGCCGUGGCCGCCAACCCCGUGGCGCUCCCCGCACGCGUGCAGAGCGCCGCCGUGCAGGCCCUGAGGCUCAUCGCCGCCCGGGACCCCCACACGGUCCAGGAGAUCGGCUUGAGCCUGUUUCUGCAGAGGGACGUCCCGGCUGAGCUGCGCAUGCAGAUCUUGGUGAUCAUCUUCCAGACCAAGCCCCCCAUGGGACUGGUCUCCCUGCUGACCUCCCAUCUGAUGGAGGAGACGGACCUGCAGGUGGCCAGCUUCGCCUACUCCUACCUGAAGAGCUCCGCCCGCUCCACCGCAUCAGACAACAGCUACUUUGUGAGUGAGGCUUCAACCACCUGCAACAUGGCUGUCAAAAUCCUGGCCCCCAAAUUCGGUCGCCUGAGCUUCCGUUUCAGCAAGGCCAUCACCAUGGACUGGUUCAGUGAUGAAUUCCUAAUGGGCACCGCCACAGAGUUCCUGAUGCUCAAGGACAAAGCAGACAUCUUCCCCGCUGAGAUGACAAUGAAAGGGAAAUACUACUUUAUCGGCAGGAUUCUGCAGCUCUUGGAGUUUGGCAUCCGACCUGAAGGGAUCAAGGAGCUGUUUGGCACUGGCAUUCCUGGAUUCACUGGCGACUUGGGUUUGACUGACUUACAGGCGGUUCUUAAAGUGAUCCAAGGCUGGGAGAAGCUACCAAGUGAUAAGCCUCUUAUGACAGUUUUCUCACGAGCCUCUGGUCAAGAAUGGUUCUUUGCUGAUUUAAAAAAAGAGGUUGUCCAGAGUUUGAACAAGGCAUUCAGCCCCACUGCUUUUAAAGACAGUCCUAUCUUGGGAAUCAUUGACGACCUCAAGAAAGGUUACUCAUCGCAUAUGACCAAGGCUUUCCUGAUCUUCGAGACCCGCUACUUCCAAGCCAGCACCUUGGGCCUCCCCAUAGAGAUCAGCAAAUACUACGAAUCAGUCAACGCCAUCACAGCUAAUGUCAAGGCGGCAGUAAGCCCACCAGUGACGGACCAUCUCGGACAACUCCUGACGGCUGACAUUUCUCUGGAGACGGACGGUUUCAUCGGUUCCACCAAAGACUUAUGGAUGUUCCACGGGAUCAACACCGAGCUGUUCCAGUUCGGUACAGAGCUCAAGACCAAAGCCCCAACCUCCAUCCCAUGGAAGUUCUCCGCCAAAAUGAACAUCGCCGAGAAGAAGUUUGAGCUGGACUUCCCCCCUUGCCGAGCACCUGUAGAACUCGUCUCCAUCAAAUCCGACGUGUACGCCGUAUCCAGGAACAUUGAGACGCCGGCUCUGGCCAAGAUGACCCCGAUGAUGCCCAACGCCAGGGACUCCAACGACGAGAUCGUUCUCAACGGCUCUGCCAUUGUAAAGAGCGAGCCGCAGGUAGUGUUCCCAAACCUGUGGACUCCGGCACCCAAGAUGUGUGCUGAGAGUACGGUGUUUGGACUGGGCAUGUGCAUGGAGUCCAAGCUACAGAGAGCCUAUUUCCAGGAAGAGUACCCCCUCUAUUACUUCCUGGGGUACACGCACCUCGCCAUAAACAUCGUCCCAGUCCAGCCCAUCAAGCCCGUGGAGAAGAUCCACCUAGAGGUGAACGCUGGUCCCGGCAGACAUCCCAUCAACGCCAGGCAGCUCCUCGAGACCCUAAGAAGGCUCUCCAAGGAGGCCCUGGAUCAUCUGGGGUCCGACUCGGGGUCCAGCAGCACAGAGGACCUCCCGCAGACGCCACGUGAUAUCGUCACAGAGAUCUUGGAGGCGUCUCCGGAAGCGGUGUUCAACGUGCGUGCGCUGGCCAUGGGCGGCAUCAAGCCGGAGGGCUUCGACGCGUCCCUCUACUACACCCCCAGGGCGCAGCUGGAGGACGUGCAGCUCAUCGUGUCCCAGACGGGCGAGGCGGCCAACUGGAAGCUGUGCACCAACGCUGUGGUAGAGAAGGCAAACUCCCUGGCCAAAGCCCACGUGAGAUGGGGGGCUGAAUGCCAGUCCUAUUCGAUGUCCAUGCAGGUGGGCACGUCCCACCAGCGCGGCACCAGGCCCGCUCUGAAGGCCACACUGCACUGGGCCAAGGUCCCGGAGUACAUGGUGACCAUGGGCAAGAGUAUUGACCGAUACAUCCCAGGCGUGGCUCUGCUGCUGGCCUUCAAGGAGGAGCACCUCAGCAACCACAAACAGGAAAUGUCCGCAUCGGUGGUCGCAGCGUCCGCCGACAGCAUCAACGUCAGCGUGAGGUUCCCCAAGUACACAGUGUACCGCCAGGCGAUUUCCACUCCAUUCGCAGUGGCAAACUUCCAGGGGACUGAGGCUACUGGGAACACAACACAGAACCACGCAUAAGAAACGUCAGCGUCAUAACCUACCUGCUCGAUCGUAAUUGAAAUAUAAUCUUAAUUAAAAUGUUACAGGCUGCAAAUGUGUUUGUGUGUUUGUGUGUUUGUGUGUGUGUGUGUGUUUGUGUUUGUAUGCAAGCACACAUGCAUGAUUGUGUGUUUUUACAAUUAAAUUGGUUGUGUGUGUGUUUGUGUGUGUGUGUGUGUGUGUGUGUGUGUGUGUGUGUGUGUGUGUGUGUGUGUGUGUGUGUGUGUGUGUGUGUGUGUGUGUGUGUGUGUGUGUGUGUGUUCCAAGCAUUGUAUGUGAUGCGUGUUAAUUUUCCUCCAGAUGCAUGCAAGCAGUGUCUGAGCAGAGUGCCUUGUAUGUUUUUGACUUCUUGUAUAUUUGAUGUUGCAGAAUGACAAGAAUCCAAUGAAACUGCAAUAGAAGACCCAAAUGUAUCAACAAUCAAUCAAGUUUGUAAAUAGAUUCAUGCAAAACGACAAUUAUCCAAAUGUGCUUUCCCCCACGUCUUCUUUCCAGGAGGCUGGCAAGGCUGUCAUACAUUUCAGAUUUUUCACCUGAAGAAAUUAUUUGGAUGAAAUUAAAAUGCAGCGACGUAGCAAUUGUUUGCUUUGUAUUACUUCCAGAUUCCGCACACCAUUUUGAAACUGAUAUCCUGGGACACUACCGUGUCGCCUCAACCUUCUCUGUGCUACAGUAGUGAGCUCCUUUUCAGCUUGAGUCAUUGAUUCCGAUUUUUCUGCAAGCCAUAGAUAACGUGCUGUCCUUCAUAGUUGGUUAAGCUUUCCACCUCUUCAGAGGUUUUUUCCAAAAUAUUUUCACAAAU